CCAAGACACAGCAUACCACUGAAACACUGAGAGGACUAACAGUCAUACUAUUACAGACUUCUCCUCUUAACUCCAAACCACUGCAAAUCAUUCUCCUAGAUUUGGAUUGAGCAAACAUACAACAUGUGUAAGGGAUUAGCAACACUGCCUGCAACCUGCUUAAAAAGUGCCAAAGACAUCAAACACAAGAUUGGCUUUCUGCUCCAGAAGCCUGAGUUUCCAACAGACCAGAAACAGGUCAAAGAGAAGACGACCGUUGUCAAGAGAGUUUCACCUGCUGAUGUGGAGAAAUGGAAGCUGUCCUUCAACAACCUGAUGAAUUGUGAAGGUGGUCGUACAGUGUUCACUGCGUUCCUGAAGUCAGAGCUCAGCCAGGAGAACUUGGAAUUCUGGAACGCUUGCGAGGAAUACAAGAAGUCUGCCCCAGACAAGAUGGCGGCCAAAGCUAAAGAGAUCUACGAACAGUACAUUGAGGCAGACUCUCCAAAUGAGGUGAACCUGGACUCAGCAACGCGAGAGGAGACCAGACAGAACCUGUCUAUUGCCGGCUUAUCCUGUUUUGAUGACGCCCAGCAGAAGAUCUUCACUUUGAUGGAGAAAGACUCAUACAGAAGGUUCCUCCACUCCAAACUGAUCCAGGAUCUGUCCCUGUUGAGCACCACCACCCCACUCUGUGCACUGAAGAAGAUAGGAGGGAAAAUAGGCUGUUCUGAGAACAGAUGUGGUGCAUAGAUGGAGAUGGAGAGAGAAACAAGGACAGAUUGAAGAAUGUGUAACAUUUUGUCAAUCUGUGAGGGAAAGAGCUGGUAGUCUUGAAUAGAAAACAUUAUUAUGAGUGGCUGGUGUUUUAUUUUUUCUAUCCAUUGUUCCAGAUAACUAUUUCAACACGCAUCAGAAAUAGAUUAUUUUUGAGACGAGGGGACGAUUGGAGAGGGAGAGAACUGUCAGAGAUGUUAUUUUUCAGGAGAAAUAUGCUCCUGAAAGGAUGCUCCUUUCUCUGAUUUUCAUUGUUGUGCGAGGGGCUGCUUUCUUUACACUGAAUAUCUUCCAGAUCUCUAAAAAUAUUCAAAUGGUUCAAACAAGCAUUUAGGUAUUUCACCCUGGUUUGUUUUUUUGUUUUUUUUAGUCAUUUAGCAGACGCUGUUAUCCAGAGCGACUUACAGUAGUGAAUACAUACAUUUCAUACAUUUCAUUUUUUUCAUUUCAUGCAUUUCUUUUUUGUACUGGCCCCCCAUGGGAAUCGAAUAGUUCCCUGUGUCCCCUCUGUCUGGCUUUAAUCAAGGGCCCCAUGCUAAGUCAUGCUUAAACACCAAUAAUGAAAUGCACUUCUUCAAACUGAGUGUUAAAUUAGAUUAUAGUUUCUGAAUGGAUUGGUUUUAAAAGCUUCUUUCACCUGACUGAUGUUUUUGUUUGACUCUGUUUUUCUGUCUUUACUUUACCUGUGACCAGUUCAUGCACUGCUAAGGUGUAACUCACUGGCCUUCUGUUAACUUGACAACAAAGUCAUGACCAGGUGAUGUUUUGAUUCACAACAUAGGGAGAAACUAUCUGUAAUUACUUCUCUAUUCACCCCUAACACACACACAGACACACACAGACACACACACACUCCCAUUUGAGCAAUUCAGCGACUUGCUUUAGCUGAUGUGCUUAUGAAGUAAACCUAUUGAUACUUUAUCAUUAUAUGGUUAUUGGUAAUGCUAUUGAUAUCAUUAUAUGGUUAUUGGUAAUGCUAUUGAUAUCAUUAUAUGGUUAUUGGUAAAGCAAUUGAUAUCAUUAUAUGGUUAUUGGUAAUGCUAUUGAUAUCAUUAUAUGGUUCUAUAAGUUUUGUUAAAACAUUACUCCUACUCGCCUCCAAUGAUGAUGGCUAAAUAUUUAUUAUAUAAUGUAAUAAUCAUCUUCAUAUUUAUUUUCUUGUUGUUUUCUUGACACGUUUAUUCAUAAUUUAUUUGUGAAUAAAACAAUGCAUCAACAGA